CAAUACCAUUCGCCCACGUCGCCACACAAUCACAGUAUAUAUACAGGCUGUAAAGUUGUGCGACUGACACAGACGGUAUACACCAUCAUCAAAAUGGAUCUCCGCGUUACAUCAGCCGUCUUAUUGUGGCUGGCAGCAAUGAUUUUCAACAGCAAUGCCUUCUCCCAGGACAUGGGGCAAGAGUUGGACCGAGUCUCCCAGGAUGUCUCAACCUAUCCCUACCAUCGAGAUUUUAAGACCUGUCCUAUAUCUAUUGACAUCGCAUAUUUAAUUGACGGCUCAAGCAGCGUGACAGCGGACGAAUAUCAACUGGAGAAAACAGUCGUCAAAGUUAUGGCUUAUUUCUUUGGCGUGAUGAAACUUGGCACGCAUAACGGCGUUGUUAACUAUGGAAAUACAGCAGUGACCGCUAUAAAGUUUCUGGACCAUGUUAAAUUUUCUACGUUCAGAGAUGCAGUAAAAAGCCUUAAAAAAAUUGGUGGAAACACACGUAUUGAUCGCGCUUUAGAGUCUGCACACGACUAUCUCUUUAUGGGAGGUGGAGGUGCUCGUGCUUCACCAAAAAUACCAAAAAUUGCUAUCGUGUUCACAGACGGUGUAAGUGGUGGACAGUCAUUGGAUAAAGCUGUAAAACCGCUGGUCAAUAAAGGUGUUAUCGUAUUUGCCAUCGGCAUUGGUCCAAAAGUGAAUGUGCAGUCUCUAAAGUUACUUACACCAAGAGAUGAUCUACUGUAUCUCGUUAAAGACUUCUUGGACCUCUAUGUCAAAGCAGGAUUUAUUGCAAGACAGAUUUGCCAGCAUGCACAAAACCGUGGUGAUUUUGGUCCUAAAGGAGUUCAAGGUCCAGAUGGGCCAGCAGGUCCCAAAGGUGAACCAGGACCACGCGGUAUGGAAGGAGAGCGAGGAAACAGAGGUAACCAGGGUGCGAAGGGAUCAAAAGGAGAGAAAGGUUCAAAAGGAUCGAAAGGAGCAUCGGGAAUAGACGGAGCAAAAGGCAAUGUAGGAUCACCGGGUAACAAGGGACCCAAAGGACAAAAAGGAGCACUUGGUGAUACUGGAGUUCGAGGACAAAUCGGUGAUCCUGGACAUGAUGGCGAUGCAGGAGUACGUGGUCCCAAGGGUAAACCUGGACCACAAGGUGCAAAGGGAGAUACAGGACAAGGCGGAGAAAAUGGUAGCCCAGGAAAAGAGGGAACACCAGGAGCUAAAGGGAUAAGAGGAGAUAAAGGAGAUGCUGGACAUCCAGGUGCUCCAGGAGCUGAUGGACAAAAUGGAUCACCAGGACCCAAAGGGCAACCAGGAAAACCUGGGUCACAAGGUGGUCGAGGAGCAAAUGGUAACCCUGGACCAAAAGGUGACCAAGGACCACGAGGGGAUAAAGGCUUGCAAGGCUAUCCUGGAGCGCGCGGACCACCUGGAAAGGACGGUAACCCCGGAAGCAAUGGUGGCCCUGGAUAUGAUGGUAGCCAAGGACCACGCGGUGAACCCGGACCACGAGGACCUAAAGGAGACAAGGGCAACCAGGGGCAGACGGAGCACCUGGUUACGCUGGAUCAAGAGGAUCUCGUGGUACGAAGGGCGCAAAGGGUGCAGAUGCGAACCAGACGAUUGUGUGUAAAUACUUGCAAUCGAAUAAAGGUCAACUAUCUAUGUCCUGUAACGAUUUAUCAUACACUGCAACUGAUUGUGGAUGUAGUCGAGGUUGUGGUGAAUGGAGAGUCUCAGCAGAUGGACAAAAAUGUUCAUGUAAAUGUAAUACAUACGUUCCUACAAGCUUUGCCUCAGUUGGUGUCAACUGCUGUCGUCUACAAUGAAGUUUAUAUUGAACUGGAAGAUUUAAACAAUGCAUUUGGACAAUGUCUAAUGAAUGCAGUUUGA